GCGAUAUCAAUCCAUCAACCAUCAAAACCUCAAUCUGGCCCCCAAAACACAACCUUGCUUGACGCCUCCAUCUCUAGACCAUUCCUCGCAUGUUGAGACAAUCCCAAACCACCAGGACCCAAUCAUGGACGACAAGACCUCCCCCUCAUCAAUACCACCUCGGCACCAAGAACUCUCCUACACCACCAUCCCUCUCAACACCCCCGCCACCGAAAUCCGCCUCCUCGAGCUCUUUCCCUCCGCCGACUUCUUCUCCCCGCUCUCCUGCCGCCUCUACACCACGCCCAUCGCCUCGCCUGCACCCUUCAAAGCCCUCUCCUACGCGUGGGGCAGCGACGACAAGACGCAUCUGAUUUACAUUGACUCGUCCAACGUCACCAGCGACAAUGGCAAUGGAAAUGAUGCAGAGUCAGAUGCAAGCCUUGCAAGCGGUCUCAGCGCUGUCACUUCUUCCGAUGACAACGAGGUCAAUACUACCGUCGACGGCGGUAGGACUGGGGCUGAUGCUCUAAAUGGAGAGAAGUGUAUGAUCCGGAUAACAUCCUCGCUAGACACUUGUCUGCGUCAUCUGCGCGCUAUACACCACCGCCACCACCACCCUUCGACCAUUCUGACACUCUGGAUCGAUCAACUCUGCAUCGAUCAAUCUGAUUCGGAUGAAAAGGCUGUUCAGGUUGGACUUAUGGGUCAGAUCUACUCGCAAGCCAAACAGGUGCUGAUUUGGCUGGGUCCGGCAGCGGACGGGUCAGAUGAAGUGAUGGAUAUGUUGGCGGAGCUGGGGAGGGAGUAUGAGAGUGUUGGGAAAAGCGUGGCCGAUGCACCUUACAUUGCACAAUUGAUGACAGAAAUAGGCAGGGGUGUCGAAUUUGAGGACCGUGGUGGUGAGAAAAGGAAAGGGGGGAUUGGGGCGAACGAGGAGAAUAUCGUCAAUGUCCCUGGUGGUGGUGGUGGUGAUGCUGCUGCUGCUGGGAACAGUGGUGAAAGUGGGAGUAGGGUUGACUUGGGCGUGGACGUCACCGAUAUCGAGGCAUUGGACAAAGCAGCAGUGGCCUGCACGAGAAACGAAGCCGAAGCAAGCACCGGAAAGACCGCCAUGGCAGUCGUGGAGGAAGGAGCAGCAAGACUUUUUCGUCUGGGGUUGUCGGGAGAGUUGCAAGCUUUUUUCCGACGCCCAUGGUUUACGCGCUUGUGGGUCGUGCAGGAGGCGUGCCACUGCGCCGAUACUGUCUUUGUGUGUGGGAUGAAGCCGCCGGUGAGCUACGAUAUUCUUGGGCCGAUGUCUAUUUGUGGAUUGAUUAUCACACAACAAUCAAUGCUCAAGAGUCGCUACAUGCUGAAGAGCGGCGUGAGGGACCCUAGUUUCGACGGAGACUUGGAAAGAUUUAUUGUGUCUGUCAUGAGCGACUUGUUAGUACAGACAGUUCCGUUAUACAAAACUCGCUAUCAGACAGUUCGGCAGAUCUCGAAAGGAAAUGGGGGUGAUAAUCUAUUCUCACUGCUCGUCGCUACGUACACGCAAGACACUUUAACUCGAGAGGCGAAGUUGCACAGAGAUCGGAUUUAUGCUUUGUUGGGUUUGGCGGCGGAUGUCAAUGAGCUGGGGAUACAACCCGAUUAUUCCAGUCAAACGAGAACUGCGCAAAUUCUGACCGGGGUAGCAGAGGCUAUCAUCGGGAAAACAAAGGACGGUUUUCCGGUCGAGGUUCUCUCUUAUUCGCAGUUUCCCAAAACAACCCUCGACGAUGGAAGUGAUGAACAACUACCAUCGUGGGUACCGGACUGGGGGUCUGGCUUGAGUAAUCCAUUUUAUUAUAGACUCAGGAAGACGCAUAUGUUUAUGGCAUGCGGGCCUCAUCGUUCAGUCGAUAUGGUGCCGACUACAACUGCUGGGGUGCUGGGUCUACGAGGAUAUCUUGUUGAUACCAUAGAAGAGGUGGUCGGCAUGAUGCCGACGAGAAACAGAUGGCGUGAGAGCAUUGAGUACUUUGAGAAGUUGGGCAGACUAUGGGAACUUUCGAAGCAGAAGAAUCAACCCAUAUACGAUACGCAGGCGCGAAGGGAAGAGGCACUUUGGCGUGUGCCCGUGGAAGACACGGUGGCUGGUAGAUUUACUUCGGAGCUCGUGGAUCAACUUGACGCUACUAGGGCAAAGGCUGGCUUUGCCCUUGAAUACCACAAGUGGAGACGUGGCUUGGAGCUAUAUGAAGCCAUGGAUUGUGACACAACAACUGUGCCCGGUUUGGGCCGUGGGGCGGAUGGUGUGGAUGAUGAUAAGAAGAAAAAAGCUCUUGAAUGGUUGGCACACGCAUCAGGGGCAGAUACAGGACUUUACUACUACCUAGCUAUGAGCAAAGCUACUACCGGAAGGAGGCUAUACCUCACAAAGGAAGGGUACAUGGGUACGGGGCCCUCCAACAUGCAACCCGGAGACGUGGUUGUUGUAUUUCCAGGGGCCCGUAUCCCUUUCGUGUUACGACCCACGGGCGAAGACAACACAUUCGCCUACGUGGGAGACGUAUACUGCGAUGGCAUUAUGGAUGGAGAGAUCACCCUCAGGGAGGAGAGACGGGAUUUCUUCUUGGUGUAG